AUGUCCAAACAAUUUACUACUGCGACUAAUAGUGCGACUACCCACAAUAAUGUCAAUUUUAAUCUCUAUAGUAACCUGUCGUCAUCGAUUGACGAGGUUAAUUCUCCAGCCACAAAUUUCAAUUCAUGUAAUACCUCGAGGAACUUGAACUAUUUACACAACACAAGCUGUAAAAGUACUAGCAAUACAAGUUUUAAUACAGCAAGACUGAGUAAUUAUGAAGAUCCACAUAUAAGUGAAAAAUUUAACAAGUUUGUGAAAAAAACAAUCAACAAGUUAAAACUAUCUCCUGUUACUCAUACACAGCAGGAGAAGCAACUGCAACAGCUGCAACAGCUGCAACAGGAGCAUCUGCAUCUGCAUCAUGAGCAUAAUCUGCGGCAACAGCAGCAGCAACAAGUUGCUACUACUGCUACUGCUGCUGCUGCUGCUGCUGGUACUACUACCACCACCUCACGACCCCCCCAUACUUGCGCAAUCUCUAGCAACUCCUCAGCUAGCGAUAUAUUCGAAAGAUCAGUUUCAAAUAACGAUUAUCUUACUGGUUUGGCUAAUCCUGAAACUCCCGCGCACUAUAGUAUAGAGAACUAUACUAGUCCCAUCUUGGAUAAAACAACCGAAAUCUUGGCGAAUCCAAAUAUCCAAUUGGACCAAGUCAAAUUGAAUUGCUAUUGUGACGAGGAUUACGAAAUGGAUGAUGACGAUAUUAAACCUUUUGAUCCUCAUAAACACUCUGUUGGCAGCUUCCAAAACUAUUCUACGCCUCUGAAUCUGGAAAUAGCACAAGGCGAUGCAAUAUCACCAACAUUUAGGCCGAGAGCGAGAAGUAUCAUUUCACAACUGAUUAUAUCCAAAUUGGAUCACUCCAAACUGAACAAUAGCAACAACAACAACAACAACAACAACAGCAGCAGCUCCGGUCCUGCAGGCAAGCUCAGCUUGUCAAAAUCAACCACUGGCUUUUCAUUUAGUAAACCACAACCUUUAAAUCAACCACCUUUUCUAUUAAACAAAAGAUCUUCAAGUUUUGCUGGUGCAACUCGCCAUACAAGAAGCCAAUCAAGAGAAAAAGAAAAAGAGAAGGAGGAAGGAGAAGAAGAGGAGGAGGAGGAGGAGACCGUUUCUACUCCCACAAUUGAUUUUUAUUCUUUUGCCGAUAUGGUUUGUAAUGAAGAUGACGAUUUGAGUAUGCUCAGAGAUGAUGAUGCAAUUGAUCCAUUAAUAGCAACACCAACAUCAUCAAGAGGAUUUAUUAACUUAUCUGGCAGUAGUACACCUUUUAGAAGAGGAAGUUACGCCACAAUUAAUGCAAAGGAUUAUAUAGGAGUCUUGUGA